AUGCCGCGCAAGGGGGGCGAGGACGGGGGCAAGCGCGACAAGGCGGCCGCCGCAAAGCUGAGCAAGGAGGCGCGCAGCUGGCUGUGGCGGCAGACCAAGCCGGAGCUCGGCUUUUACCUGACGGGCCUGGUCGGCGCCGCCAUCACUGGCCUCGCGAUGCCCGCCGUCGGGUUUCUCAUGGCGCGCUUCAUAGUCGUUUUCUACAACGUCGACGUCGACGAGAUGCGGCGCGACGCCAUUCGGCGACAGGCGCUCGUCUUUCUCGGUAUGGGAGCUGCGCAGUCGCUAGGAGCCGGCCUCCGCCAGGCGGGCGUCUCUUUCUCCGUCAUCACCGAGCGGAUGGUGCGCCGCAUCCGCCUCGCCGCCUUUGAAUCGAUCCUGCGGCAGCCGAUUGCCUUUUUCGACUCGUCCACGGAGCACACCGCGGGCGCCCUCGCCAAUCAGCUCGCUGCCGACUGCCACCUCCUCAAGGCGCUGACGGGUGAGCGCGCCGGGCUCGCAGUCUCGCAGAUCGCGGUUCUCAUCGCGGGGCUCUACAUCUCCUUCGACGCUUCCUGGCGCCUUACUCUCUGCAUCUUUGGCGUCAUUCCUGCCAUCGUGCUGCCCGUCGCCGUCCAGGCUAAGGUGGUGGGCAGGUACGCAGAGCGAGCCAACGCUUCCCUCGUGCGGGCUGCGUCGGUCGCCUCGGAAACGCUGCUGCAGCUGCGCACCAUCGCCGCUUUUGGGCUCGAGGCGCGCGCCGUCGAUGCUUUCACCGCCGAGCUGUCGCUGCCGUACAAGCAGGACGUCCUCAAGGGCGUCGCCCUGGGCGUGGGGAGCGGCACGGCCGCCGGUACUAUCCUUUUCGCCGCCGCCUUCCAGUACGUUGUGGGCGCGCUCUUCUUUGACGCCGACUUGAUCAGCUUCUCCGACAUCAUGAGCUGCCUCCUCGUCCUCAUCUUCAUGGCCUUUGGCUUCGCCACGGUCUCGCGGGACGUCUCGGACCGCGCCGAGGCCAUGCAGGCGGCACGGCGCGUGUACAAGCUGGUCUCGACGCUGUCGGCCAUCGACGCCCUCGCCGGCACGGGCGCCGUGCCGCCGUCGGGGCGCGCCGCCGGCCGGAUCGAGCUCGUCGAGGUGAGUUUCGCGUACCCGGCGCGGCGCGACGUGCAGGUGUACCAGGGCCUCUCGCUCACGAUCGAGCCGGGCGCCACGGUCGCGCUCGCCGGCCCGUCGGGGUGCGGGAAGUCGACCCUCGUCGCGCUGCUCGAGCGGUGGUACGACGUCGACGGCGGCCGCGUCGUGCUCGACGGCGCCGACGUGCGCUCGCUGUCUGUCCGGUGGCUGCGCUCGCAGAUCGGGCUGGUGAGCCAGGAGCCGGUGCUCUUCAACGGUACGAUCGCGUACAACAUCGGCCUCGGCGCGGCGGCGGCCGGCGAGGGCGGCGGCGAGGGCGGCGGCGAGGCGGCGGCGGCGGCGGUCGAGGUUGCGGCGCGCCAGGCCAACGCGCACGCCUUUGUGUCGGCGAUGCCGGACGGCUACGCGACCGAGGUUGGCGACAAGGGCGUGCAGCUGUCGGGCGGGCAGAAGCAGCGGAUCGCCAUCGCGCGCGCGCUGGUGCGCGACCCGCCGAUCCUGGUGCUCGACGAGGCGACGUCGGCGCUCGACGCCGAGUCGGAGCGCAUCGUGCAGGCCGCGCUCGACGAGCUGCUACGCGCGCAGCGCCGCACGACCAUCGUGAUUGCGCACCGGCUGAGCACGAUCCGCAACGCCGACAAGAUCGCGGUGGUGAGCGGCGGGCGGGUGGUGGAGGAGGGGCCGCACGACGAGCUCGUGGACCGCGAGGGCGGCAUCUACCGGUCCCUCGUGCUGCACAACAAUGCCGGGCGCGUCGAGCUGUGAGCACCGCGGCGCGCGAGCGGGUGGGACACAUGUGGCUUGUGGGAGAUAGAGAUCUAAGAGCGGGACGGGACCCGGACAGAGCACACGGUUUGGGAGGGGGGGCGAGAGGGGGCAGCUGCGCGUGUGCCUGAGAGAGAGUGUGCGCUGUAGCAUGCGAGCGGGCGCCGCGGCCGCAACCGCGCUCUCUCGCACAAUACCGAUCACACAUAUCACUGACAUAUGUGUGUGGGCUGUCGGUGGCUGCACCGGGCGCGGGCCGCUG